AUGGCUCCAGCCAGACGAGCGAUCGUGAUUUUGUUGUUCGUGUUCGUAAUAUUCUCUCAACCAGGAUCUUCGGGUGGCGAUAGACAAGCUGGUGAUGACUACGACCGGAUGCCACCGUUGUUUUACUACGAAAAUGUGACCGAUUGUUUCGCCCGGUACAGUGCGUCCGGUCUCUAUUGCGUCGUGAAGACGGUGAUCAAGCCCACCCCGGGCUCCGACUUGUGGCGCACGAUCGAGAAAUACUCCCAACUUCCCAGCUACCACGAUCACGCUCUGCUUGAUCGUGGGCUCUGUGUGGAUGCUUGCGAUGCUCUGGUGAAACAGUUGGACCCUUCGAUCGUACAAUUACUCGACACCGAGCGCGUUACAACAGCGCCCUACCAUCUUUUAUCGCUCCCAUCGGAAACGGAGUUAUCGGAGCGCCGUUCACAGUACGGUAAACUGUUGAACGUUUGCGCCAACUACAAACUCUGGCAGCAGUACAAUCUGACCGGCUACUCCGAGAUUGAGCGCUGCACGACGAAGGAAACACCAGCACCGGCUCGGAUCGAUGGAUAUCACGUUGUCCUGGCUACGAUCGUCUUGCUGGCGAUCACACUUGUUGUCUGUGCCACGGUUUCCGACAGACGUCCCAUGCGCACCAUCAACAACAACGAAAUCCCAAAGCAUCUGCUGGACAGCCAGCCAGCGGGUCUGCUGUGGCUAGAGUUCUCGUUGCGCCGGACGUGGCGUCAACUGGUGGCGCCCCCACGCACCAUCCUGCAGCGUGAUUUUGCAUUCGUCGAACUAUUCCGCCUGCUGGCGGUCUUCAUCAUUCUGGCCAUCCACGUAUCGAUGUGCUUCGCGGCGGCUCCUAUAGCGAACGUGCGUCCCCUGGAGGAGUUCUUCGCCCUGCCGGUGUCCCUGGUUGCCGUGAGCAUUUUCCCCUUUCAGGUGCACACGUUCUUCACCAUCAGCGGCAUGCUGCUGACCGUACACUUCCUGCACCACGCGUCCUCCAGCGGGCGCCGAAUCAGCUGGUCGUACCUGGGGCAAGCGAUCAUCGUACGGUAUCUGCGCAUCUUCCCCCUGCUGCUGGUGGUCUGGCUGUACCACGUGUCGUGGUUCGAUCGCCUGUCGCAAGGACCCGGUGACUAUCGGUACAUUGAGCUGGAGAAGGACAACUGCCGCGCCAACGGGUGGCUGAAUUUUCUGUUCAUCAACAACUACUUCCGGCACGGCAAUAUGUGCAUGCAGCAGUCGUGGCAUUUGGCGGCCGACUUCCAGUUUUUCCUCAUCGGUGUACCGUUUCUGCUGCUCAUCCACCGACACCCGAGGCUACGGAAGCCACUCAUAGUAACUGCGAUCUGCAUCUCUGUGGUCGCUCCAAUCGCUAACCUUUACCAUCACCAGUUCCCCGGCGUGGUUCUGACAAACUUCAAGCAACUUCGGUUCGUGUUCUACGCCCACCGGGUGCUGCAGUUCGAUUACAUGCUGUUCCAUCCGCACACCUGUAGCUACUUUGCCGGAAUCUUUGCCGGGCUGGCGUACCAUCGCUUACGGAGCGACUCUAAGCUGGCGCUUCCGUCCGUCUGGGGCAUCCGGCUGUGGAAGUGGGUCCCACCGUCGCUGGUUCUACUGCAGGCCUCGUUCGCUCCGCUGUUCUACGAUCUCGAUUACCGCCGUCCGAUGCUCUGGAAUGCCGUCUACGGGGCGGUACAUCGGUGCAGCUGGGGUACGAUGUGCGCCGUCGGAAUCCUGUACGGUGCGACGACUUGGCGUGGUCGUUACGCACCGAUCCAUCGCCAUCCCGUGGUUCUGCUCCUGAGCCGACUCUCGUUCGGCGUAUUUAUGGUGCAGUUCUGUGUGCUGAAAAGCCUUGCCCGUAACGCGGCCGGGUUCGGGAUCGAGUUCAGCUGGAAGAUCUACUUCCAAUCCGUGGUCUACUCGUGGGUUGGGUGCUACACUGCAGCGUUGGUGCUGGCGUUGCUCGUGGAGUUUCCGUGCGCUGCCAUUUGCAAACGAUUGUUGAGUUCACAGAAACACAGCGCGGUACGGAGAAAUGGCACCGACAAGGAAUCGCUGCCUAAGGACCAAUAG